ACACUGCCUCUACCUUCCCCUCCCAUCCCCGGGCUCUGCUCGGCUCUCUCUCCCCUCUCUACCACACAUAUACAUCAGUAUGUCUUUAGCACGGGUAGCGCUAUACAGUCAGCGAGCGGAGAAGGAGCCCGUUUAGUAUUCCGAGCACAGGGGAAAGAGAGGGAGGGAGGGGAGAGUGAAAUAAAAAGAAAAAACGAGGGUGAGAAGACAGAAAACACAUUCCAAGACAAGAAAAUAGGAAAGAAUGAGAGGGGAGCGGAGAAAUAGCAUAUUGUUCAUUUCUCCCUCUCAGUCUACCCCUCCGCCUUAUUCUUCCAUCCCAGUGAAAGGAAAAUUGAAGUCCCUCAAGAAAGAGUGACGUCUGAUGUGAAAUGAAGUGGAAUAUUUCAAAGGACGUGCUGACGUUACCAUAAUCUCUGCAUAAUAGUCGCUACACAGCAGGUGAUGUUGGAGCCAUUUAUAAGACAUUCUAUGAAUCUAGGUUGGAGGAAAACCAGGAAAACUACUGCAUUCAAUUGAAUCCGAUUGGAACUACAUUACCCAGAGCUGAACCGUGCUCUAAAUGCUGUUAGCGCUAUCCCUAUCUCUGUGACAUUAGAAAAAGAAGAACACAAACUAUUAUACGGUUAUGCAUUUGUUGGAAGCAUAACCAAGUGUUGUUCAGCUGUAUCUUGGUGGAGAAGACAUUUCAAACAUGACAGGGACUCCUAGGCUUUACAAACAACUCUAAUACAGGAAAAGACAAAGGGGUGGGUUUGGCUCACACAUUUAUGGGCGUGUCAGUCAUGGAGGGUCUCUGCUAUACUCCGCCUAAGUAGACAGCGUCUGACAGAGCCCCUCCCCUUAUUGGUCCAAUCUCCACCGGCCCCACCCAUUUCUCCAGACCCUCCAAGGAACGUGGCCGGAUUGAACCUCUUCUCACCCAGGUGCCGUCCGUUUGGUGAGGGCGGCGAGGGCUGUGCUGUGAUUGGUUGACUGCGGGUGGAAGUGCAAUGCGGAUUGGAGGAUGUCGGGGGACUGGGAUGAAGACCACCUGUGUAAGAAAGCGCUCACUCUGGUGGAGGAGUUGUGCUUACACUCCUCAGCGAAGGACAGCCAUGAAGCCAGCUGCCGAGACUUCGUCGACAUGAUGAGGGGACAGCAGCACGAAACAGAGAUCUCUGUCAGCCUGUUGUCGGUGAUCGUGACGUUCUGCGGGAUCGUCCUUCUCUCAGUCUCUCUCUUUGUCUCCUGGAAGCUCUGUUGGUUGCCAUGGCGAGACAAGGAGGGUGGUGGCCUGAGCUUGACAUCGGGGCUGAUGCCCGGGGGCGUGGGUGGGAUGGGCGGCAGUGGGGGGGCCUCCCUCCUACCUCCUGUCAUGCAGAGGAAGGCGUCCCACUCCUCACUCUACCCCUCCCUGGCCCAGCCCCAGCAGCAUCACCCCCACUUCUCUGACCUGGUGGGGGUGGAGAGUGGCCAGGGGGUGGGGGGCGUGGUGGGAGGCCCGGAACAGACCCAGGAACACUCCUACCUGGACAUGGACUCCUACCCCAACAACGCUGGGAAUCUUAAAUUGAGCCAGACGUCUCCAGAGUUGCCCCCCACCACUGAGGGGGGAGCCGCCCCACCCCACAAAGACAUGCCCAACGCCCACUCCCAGCAGCAGGUCACUGCACGGCCCAAGCCCAUGACUCACCAGUUGUCCAGCCCUGAUUUCCAUGGUGAGGAGAAGAGCGAGCAGGUGACCAGCAUUGGCCAAAUCAAACCGGAACUCUACAGACUGCGUGGGGGCGACCAGGGGGAAGGGAAAACGGGGGACAAUUGCGGCAAGAUCAGCUUCCUCCUGCGCUACGCCUUCAAUACAGAGCAGCUAGUGGUAAAGAUCCUGAAGGCUGUAGACCUGGCUGCCAAGGACGCCAACGGCUUCUCAGACCCCUACGUCAAGAUCUACCUACUGCCAGACAGGAAGAAGAAGUUCCAGACCAAGGUCCACAGAAAGACCCUAAACCCUAUCUUCAACGAGACGUUCCAGUUCGGUGUCCCCCUGGCAGAGCUGCACUCCCGGAAGCUACACUUCUCUGUCUACGACUUUGACCGCUUCUCCAGACAUGACCUGAUUGGCCAGGUGGUUGUGGACAACCUUCUGGACUUCAGCGAGGGCACAGGGGAAAAGCCUGUCUGGAGGGACAUCGUGGAGGGCACUGCGGAGAAGGCUGACCUGGGGGAGCUGAACUUCUCUCUGUGUUACCUGCCCACGGCAGGUCGGCUCACCGCCACUGUCAUCAAGGCCACCAACCUCAAAGCCAUGGACCUCACCGGCUUCUCAGACCCGUACGUGAAGGCUUCUCUGAUAUGUGAUGGCCGCAGGCUAAAGAAGAGGAAGACAUCCAUUAAGAAGAAUACAUUGAACCCCACGUACAACGAGGCUCUAGUCUUUGACAUCCCUCAUGAGGACAUCGACAGGGUGUCCAUCAUCAUCGCUGUCAUGGACUAUGACUGUAUUGGUCAUAAUGAAGUCAUAGGAAUGUGUCGUGUGGGCAGUGACGCUGAGGGUCCUGGGAGGGAGCACUGGACUGCCAUGCUGGCCAACCCCCGCAAGCCCAUAGACCACUGGCACCAGCUCGUCGAGGAAAAACUUGUGGCCUCAUUUGUGUCAAAGAGUCCCGCAGCCUCUCCCAAGCCUCACAUCGUGGUGGACAGUCCUCACUCUGAGUAGAACUGUUAUUAUCAUCUUUCCAGUUCCAGACUUUCCUUUCAUUCUGCUUAUCUGUGAAUAAUUCUCUCCAUCAAACAAAGAGAGAUAAGGAGACACAUCGACUGCUACUGCUGUUCUACUGCUAUUGCUGAAUAUUCCAACUCCUGUCCUGUUGCAACGAAGCACAGGAAAACAGAAUCUACAUUCUAUACAAGCAACACUUAGAACGCUCACACACACACACACACACACACACACACACACACACACACACACACACACACACACACACACACACACACACACACACACACACACACACACACACACACACACACACACACACACACACACACACACACACACAGUGCUUCAGGUUAGUGCCAGUAAUUCAUCCAGGAGGAGUGUGAUGAUGCACAUUUCUCCCUCCAAUCAGACCUGGGCCUAAGGUUUCUGCACUGUAUGGACUUCAAAAGGCAAACCGUGUCAAUGCUUUACUUUAGGCCAUUAGUAUACAAGUGUAGGAGUUAGGAAACAUCCAUGUAGUGUUUCAGCAGGACAAACAUCAGUUGUGGAGACUCUAGUCUAGUCCAUUCUUGAGGCCUGGUUUGGGCCCUCUGGAUCUGGGCUUUUCUGGCUUUUAGCUGGAGGAAGCAACGUUUGCCGGUUGUUAUUAUUGAUGUCAGGGGAGGGAGAAAUGUGGAUGAACCCAUCUGCUGAAGCAUGUUACGUAACCUUGAAAUGUGUCCCUUCAAAUCAUUCUUUUGUCACCUUCUUCAUGGUGCUCAUUAAUGUGAAUUUGCUUUUAUUUUUCUAUUUGUUUGGUUUUGGGGGUUUGUGUAAUAAUAAUCAUCCAGAAAGGAAUUUAUCCAUACCAUUUUUUUACGAUCCACUAAGGAUGUGACCGUGAGUACUUGAAGACCUGAACUAUUUGAGCGCCUUGGGAUGUUACAGGAAAAGUGUUCCCCUGUUUGGACAUACUGGCAGACUUUACCCCAGAGGACUCUACAGGGGAACUGUGAUGAGGACGGACCUGCUCGGCUUGGAGUGCACUUACUGGAAAUGUAUCCUACAGGGAAGGAUUUCACCAUUAUAUUGAAUUUUUCUAUCAUUCCAAGAUUUUGUUUUUCAGGAAAGACAUUAUUUAAUUUGAAAAGAAAAAAAUGUCUGCAGUCCAUCAUGUCUCCGACUGGACGACAACGUUAGAAGGACACACACAUUUGUGUUGCUUUGAUUUGUGUGUAUUUCUGUGUUUGUGUGUGUGUGUGUUUUGUAUUCGUGUGCGUCUGUGUGUGUAUGCCUGUGUGUCUGUGUGUGUGUCACUGUGACCUUCUGUGUGACACGUUUCUGUGCUCAUGCCGUCCCUAUCUUCUACCGGUCCUCGCGGCCCCACACCAUUCCUAGCAUCCACAGACUGAAACUCCUGUCUUUGAACAAAAUGUGUCUUCUGUCCUGUGUGUCUUAGAGGAACCAUUUUUGUGUAGGACCCAUUGCACUUGGUGGGGAGUGGGAUACUUAUGAUCCCUGAUGAACAGUCGGUCUCUCACAGAGAUUAGAGUGUAUUGUCUGUGUUGUUUCCCAGAUCAGCUGUCAGUCACUCAAAAGUGCCCCCCUUGCCUGAUUUAAGUAACUGUGUUGGUUGUGUACUUCUUUUAGUAAAUGUGUACUGUGUGUCUGAGGGGAAACCAGUUGGCACCGUGAUGUUAGAUACGUUUUGAUUACUUGAGGUAGAAUUUUUGGGCUGAGUAAUGACUCUUUUAUGUCCCCUAGCAGUCCCUCCAAACGGGGAGACAGAGAGGGGGUAGCCAUGUCCUUUAUCUUUAGUGAAAUAUGAUGACCCCCUGUUGACGCUCUGCACUUCCUCUUUAAGCACCAUGUGGCUACUGCCAUGAGAGAACCAUGUCUACCACCACUUCUGCUACUAUAACCUCAACUAACAGCACUACUAAUGCUAUGGCUGCCAUUUCCCCUUAAACGCAUUCAGGGGGAUCCAGUUACUAUUCCAACUUCAGGCCAAGGAAGUGCAGGGAUGCUUACUGUAUGCUUGGUAUGUACACAGAUUAAAGCCGUAUAUCCCAUAUCAUAGCCAGAAGUUUUCCAUCUGGAACUGUAUGUCAGCUCAGGUUGUUCUGGGAGGUCAUUGAUCUGCCUGUAUAAGUAGAUACUAUAGUAUUGAUCCAUUGGCCUAUCUCCAGGCUCUGUCUCUAUCCCUCACAAUCCACAUGAUUCUCUGCCCCAUAACACUGUGGUGUUAGCACUCACUCAGCACUGGAGGUUGCUAGUGUGCUCUCAGUAUUACCCUCCACCUCUCUCACUCUCUCUCUCUCUCUCUCUUUAUAUAUAUAUAUAUAUAUAUAUAUAUAUAUAUAUAUAUAUAUAUAUAUAUAUACCUUUCUCUUUCCCCCUUUAUCUCUUUCUAUACCUGUCUCUCGCUCUCUUUGAUUGCUUGUUCUCCCACUCUAUUUCUGAAAACUCCCUUUUCCCCACUUCCCUCUCUCACCACACAGCCAUUCACCCCCCCUCUCCGCCUCCCUCCAUCUUGCCCGCUCUCUCUGUGUCUAGGACUCCUCUGUCUCUCUCAGUGUUAGUGCAGUUCUGAAUGUACAUGGGGAAACGUGUGUGCAUGCUUAUAUUAACAUGAAUGAUGUCAACUUGAUGCAAUGAAAAUUAAAUAAGUGAUGCUUUAAGCAAAACCUGACAAUGAACCUGAUAUUAAUAUUACUAAUGACGAAAAUGGAGACCUAGCAAUCGUUAUCUCUGUAAUCAAAACAAUGAUGAUAAAUAACAUUGUUUAUCCUGUAUAUCUUCAUUAAAUAGUUAUUCCUGAUUUAAUUUUUGAAUCUUUUUUAAAAACAUAAUUUCUUCAGAAGUUUACUUUUUAUAUGGGUUAAACAGAUAAAUAGACAUUUGAACAGAAGUGAGACAUUCAGUCAGGAUGCUUGUUUCAGCCAGAGAACUAGGGGGAGGAGGGUGAAGAGGAAGAUGAUGUAGGUGAACGUGUGGGAGAUGUUGUGGCUGAAGCAAUGAUCAUGGAAAUAAAGGAUAUGUAUCAUCCAGCCUCA